AUGGCUACCCCUCAUGAACCGAAAAUCGAGACACUCGAAAAGAUCAUAGGCCAUACCUUCUCCCUAAAACAUUUGAUACGUCUGGCUCGCACCUCAGCAGGUGCUAAUCCGGACAAUUACGAUGGGAAUAGGAAACUAUCCCAACUGGGUGCCUCUCUGGUUGACUCUGUUCUGGCUAUCAUAGUAUUCUUCAUAGGUGGCAGUAGAGAGUGUACGGCAAAUUUGAGAAAGGCUUUUCUGAACAAAGGCAAAUACUAUGCUGCCGCGAAGCGGACUGGUAUCGACGAUUGCAUAGACUACGAUAAGCGCACCGGACCAGAUUCGCCGGAGGUUCUUCGCAAAGCGAUAAAUGCCAUUAUAGCAGCCGUGUUUCUUGAUACCUGGAACAUCAAGUCAACAGUAGUUGUCAUUCUAAGGAUUUUUUUCCAGACGAGCGGCGACAGAAUGUUUCAGGAACUCCCUUCUGUCUCACCUGCUACUGUGGAAGCUCUCGUAUCUAUUUCGAAGAUGAUACUAGCUCUCAACGCUGGAGUGAUUAAUCCUUCGGUGCUAAUUAUCGAGCAGUCAGCUACGACUCUUGAGGUCUCCCCAAUGAUACACAGGUUCCUGGAACAAGGCAGCAAAGAUCCGCCUCUCUCAUCAAACGCGGAGCGCAUUGUGACGGAGAAGGAGUCAGUCACAGAGAGCCUAUCUCAAUUUCUCCGAGAGGAAAUAUGGUCAUCGGACGGAGACCUGAGCCGCAAUGGAACUGAAACUGAAGCCGAGCAUGACUCGAUGGCGAGGAUUUCGAAUGGGCCGAAUGCUCCGUCAACACCAAAGGGGGGUCAGGUGGCACGCCGCCCGAGAGAACCCCACAAUGACAGUGAAACAUCCGUGGUUACACCUGCGUCGAAGAGAAGGCGCAGGGCUGCAAGCACUAAUGUCUCCAUCUUGCAUGGUGAGGCUGCCCGGCAGAUUCUCUUACAAGAGAGACAGCACUGUGCCGCUCAGAAUAUGUCUCCGCCCGAAUAUAGCUAUUUCUCCCCUGCUAUAAUGACAAGGGCCCUUCAGCUUGAGAAGGGCUCGCUCGGGAACCUUAUCAUCCUUUUGAUAACAAUUGCUAGUCCUCAAUCAAUAGUGGCUCUGCGCGAGAUGAUGUGCUGUGCGAGAGCUCAGAAGACGGUUGAUUCGCAUCGCCUGGCCGUGAACGUCACGAAGAGGCGAAGAUAUGAGAUGAUUAAAGAGCUCGACCAGAAAAAUGCACUUCUCCGACUGCUCCGUUGGUAUCACCUUCUCGAACUAUUCGAGCAAUGUGGUGGUUCUCGGACCCGUUACAGCAUGGGAUAUGUAAACAUGACAUCUGCGGAUUUCGAACAUCCGAAACGGGGAGCAGGAAACCCUAGCAGGAAAGAUGAUGCUAAGGUGGCGCAAGCGAUGAUGAAGGAGUUAUUCCCCGACCUAAGUCAUACAAGUCCUGUGUAUGCCCAGGAGUACGUUGCCAUCAAGCAUUACCGAAAAGUGGGACAGCGACUCUAUAUACUCACCGACCGGUUCGGUCCCGGAAUCCUUGGUCUCACUUUGGACCCCACUCAUGAGUCGGAGAUAUCAGAUACCAUGCUGUUAAAUCCGAGAAAUGAGACAUUUCGUGAUUUUGUAGAUCUCCUCGAAGAAUCGCAUGGACAAUGGCUGAGGAGAUGCAGCGAUGCAGCUUUCUUGUUGCUUCGCCCAUUGCUCGAGUUUACCCUCGACAGCACCGCGCCUUUUCGUUUGGAGCUUACGGAUCCCGAAUGCAUUUGCAUGCAGCCUAAGUGCUCAGAGUCUCUUCUGAAGCUUAUUGCCUAG